AACACUUCAGUCGCGUAUUUGCGUUUUUAUCUGACGCGCUGCAUAAGCGGUAUCUGAGGCACAAGCUGUACAGAAAACAACACGACAAGGCAACUGUAACUGCGUAAUUAUGCAGAGGAACAGAAAGCGCCACCGCUUUUGUUCUACACGACCAAAAAAUGUCCAAUGACGGGAUAAGUAUAGUGGUGUUGUGCGCGUUUUCCUUGGCUUUAGUCGCGACUGCAGGGCAAACUUUUGAAAGCAAAGUUACUCAGUUGCUUCGUGAUGAGCCGGAGAACAUUAAAUGUUUUUCUGAGACGCUGAGGGACUUCACCUGUUUCUGGGAAGAGGAGAGCAAGAACAGUUACGUCGGUCAACAGACAUUCACCUUCAUUUACCAAUACCAGAAUGAGAACAGCAGUGCGUGUGCUGUGUCUGAACUGCCUAUACAGGGGACUAGUGGUAAAAGGCUGUUCUUCUCCAGUAUCCCCAAAACUCAACACUUCGCUCCUCUCCAGCUGCGUGUGUUUCAGGGGGGGAAAGAACUCUACAACCGCAGCCUCUUCAUUGACAAUGUUGUUCUGCUGGAUCCUCCUGCUAACCUGACUGUGGUGAGCACAGGAAAACAAGGGGAACUGAUCGUGAGCUGGCUGCCUCCUGCUGUGAAGUACAUUGAUGACAGUUUGAUGUACGAGAUCAGAUAUGUGGCGAAAGGGAGUCCUAUGAGGAAGGAAAUAGUGAAAGCCAGCACAAAAUUCACCCUGCGUGGACUUCAACCAAGCAGCAAAUACAAGGUGUUGGUCCGUGUCAAACCUGACGGCAUCACCUAUGAUGGUUACUGGAGUGCUUGGUCAGACCCGGAGUUUGGGACUACAUCCCCAAGUGACCCCCUGAUUGUGGUACUGGUUCUCAUCAUCUCUCUGAUCCUCAUCCUGCUGUCUCUCACUAUGCUUCUGUCCCACCACAAAUUCCUGCUAAAGAAACUGUGGCCUGACAUCCCUUCACCUGAGCACAAAUUCCCAGGCCUCUUCACAGUCUACAAAGGAGACUUCCAGGAGUGGCUUGGCCACAGUAGUGGCAGCAGAUGGCCAGUUCACAUAUGCACUGAGGAGCUUCCUUCCUCUCUGGAGGUGCUGUCCGAAGUCAGUCUAGCGCCACCACUGACAAGUCGCACAUCUCCCCCGAGGCCAGAAACAACACUCAGAGCAGCUGACUUCCUGAGAGAAGAACCACAGGCUAUAGAAGAAGCAGACGAUCAGAUAGAGACACAGGAUGUGGAUGCAGGUUUGACUGACAGAUGGCAAGAACCUCCAAACAGCCACUGGUUGAUGGAGCAGCUGAGGGCUUUUCAAGAGCACCCGGAAGUCCUCUCCCAUUCAUCACUACUCGAGUCACAAGACACGUACGUCACCCUCAACCAGAACUCUCAGCGUGCCCGGGGAGAAGUGCAAAGGGAUGAUAGCUUUGAGGAGUCAUUGCCCCUGCAGGUUCUCUUCGCUAGCAAAGGGUCCUCCUUGAUGGCUGCCUCAGAUUCUGAUAUCGGCUCCCUCCCGCAAAGUUCCGGGUCAGGAAGACUUUCAUCACAGUCAAGCCUUGAAUAUCCACACCACACAUGGCCUCCCAAAGGGCCAGGAUAUACCUACAUGGCUGUGGCAGACUCUGGAGUCUCCAUGGACUACAGUCCAAUGAGCUUUAGCAGAAUAACAGACAUGGGUAAUGGCACCAUCUAUGCCAAUGAUUACAAAAAUGAUAUUCCUGGACACAAGCGACCACUUACUGGUCCCAUCCACUAUGGAUAUUGAUCAAAAAUCUUUCUGAAAAAACAAAAAAAAUAACAAUUUCAAAACCAAUGUUGAAAAAUGAUGUCCAAGUAUGUCCUUUGGGGAGUCAUGCAAAAGACUGGAUUUUAUAUUCUCAUGGAGAUGGUAAUGGAGUUCAAACCAGGGUAUCUUCACUGCUUCCUUCUGACACUUUCAGAAUGACAAUGCAACAGUUGUGGAAUGUAAGAAUCUCCUGGAGACAGACAGUCAUACCUCGAUUAAUAAUAAAUAAGCUUACAUUCUCUUCUGUACUACAUUUUUGAUGAGGUUUGUUGAGGUUUAAAAUAUUUUUGUAUAGAACACCAAAUACUACCUAUAGCCUUUGAAAAGAUUUAAAUUUUUUUUGCCAAUGUAAAUAGUGGUUGGUUUUCAACUCCUAUAUUUUGUUUUGGAGUUUGUAGGACUGUGUGUCCAUCCACUUUGUGUCUGUUGGUUACCCAUAAUAUUAAAAGGGUUCAGCUGUUGUAAAAUAUGUAGAUAAUUUUUCAGCUGGCAUUAUAUGGGUUGUAAAAAAAAAAAAAAAAAAAAAAAAAGAUUUUGACAUAGAUCACAUGUGCUAUCAUAUUUUUCAGUUAUGUCAGCAAAUACCAAAAGCAAGGGUGUCUAACAGUGCAUCUGACUUGGUCUUCUUAAAAAUCUAACAGUCAGUUCAAUUGCUUGUCCCCAAAUAUUGUGCUUUCUGUAGAUUUGCAAUACGUAUGGUGCAUAAUACAGAUAUCAUUCAUCUACAAUUUAUUUCUACAAAAAAAAAAAUCCAAGUUCUAAAACUGUUUACUAUAGCAGCUGAAAUGUAUAAGUCUGUCAAAUGCUAUUUUAA